AUGGAAGAGCCUCUAACGAAGGCUCAAGUGCUCGCCUUCAUCCAGGACGAGGAUAUCCCUUAUGAAGAAGAUAUCCAGCGAAAUCCAUACGCUAUAAAGAUAUGGAUAAGGUAUAUUGACUUAAAGUGCGUCUCUCUCGAACGUGUCAAGUCCCUCGAACAAGAGCAUUCUGUAAAUGCUGUUUUAUGGUUUCCACUCUGGUCGUUGUAUGAACGGGCUCUCAAGCUGUUCCCAGGCUCUUAUAAACUUUGGAAAUCAUAUCUGGACCACCGUCUCUUGCAAGCUUCCAAAUCGGAUCAAAGGGUCGAUCAACAAAGUUGUCCUGCAGCCGACCAGAAUUCCUCUCAAGCACUUUACGGGCUCUGGGAGCGGGCUCUCUUAACUCAGUCAAAAGCGCCGAGAAUGUGGAUCUCCUAUCUCGAACAUAUUAUGGCUUCUUUGGCCCAACUAAAAGAUAGUAGCGGGAAAAAUUCCAGGUUUUUUCUUUGGGUAUUUGACAGGGCCUUGCGCGCCCUUCCUCUUUCUCAACAUCACAGAGUAUGGCCCAUAGGUCUUUCCAUGGCAGAAAAGCCAGAAUGCUAUUCUUUGGUUGCUGCAACCAUUUUUUCUCGAUAUGCAGCGAUAGAUCCAGAAGCUACAGACAAGCUUAUUUUCCUAUUGGAAACAAGGGACCUCCCAGAGGCUGCUCUUAAGGCCAUUGCAUCAAGGCGUCUUAAUGUAAAAGAGCAAGGAAAAUUUGUGGAGGGAGAUACCUCUGCUGCAUACCUUCAUCGUAUGGUAGAGCUGGCCGCUCAAACCUCUAAGAUGCGGCCAGGAGAGCUAGAAGCCAUAGUACUGGCGGGUAUUGCUGACGGUCGUCUUGCACACGAUGCCGGUUGGGCACUUGCUGCGCUUUCUGCACAUUUGCUACAACGCCCAGAAGCUGGAGCCCAGGAAUUAGCCCGUGAUAUCCUAAUAUCCGCUCUUGAUGGCCGGAAGGGCGUUCUUAUCCGCACAGCCCGCGAUUUUGGCCUUGUAUUUGAUGCACUUGCAAAACUGGAAGAGAUGGCUAUAGGCCGUUUGUUACGGCAGCUCUCAAAAAAGCGGCGAAACCCCCAACUGUCACUGCGCCAGGAGGCAGACUGGCGACUUGCUCGCUUUGAACGUCUGAUGGCGCAAAGAGAGUGGCUUUUGAGUGGAGUACUCGUUCGGGCUUCACCUUCAGACGUCGGGCUUUGGUUAAGACGAAUUUCGCUUGGAAUUGCCGCGGAUCCUACAAGAAGAACCGAACUCUUCAUGCAGGCCAUUGAUUCCAUAAAGCGAGGCAGCCAUAAACUGAGUGAAUUAUGGCUAGCUUUUGCAAAAGGAGCGACCUCUUCGGAAGAGCAGCGAGAAAUCUUUGAACGAGCUCUAGGCAAUGGUACAGACUAUUUUGCCUCGACGGAGGAAACCUCCUCUGUGUGGCUUGCCUAUUCUUCUGCAUUUAGCGACCCGCCUUCUGGAAGCAAUGAAAUGGCAUUGGAGAUUUUGCAGCGUGCUACGGCUAUUCAUCCUCGAGCCCUGGCUCUUUGGGGUGCAAUUAUUGAGAUGGAAAUCAAGAUGGGACGACCUGUUCGCGUCAAAUGCGCGUUUGAGCGCACACUUGAGCUGCGUAUUGCGACUCCAGCCAUUGUCUUUUCAUACAUUGACUUUCUGGAGAGCGGAAAUGCUGGCAUCCUUUUAGGGAGCCAUUCGCAGCCUGACGCCGCAGAUUCUACCGAAAUAGAUCCUAAGGCACGUAGCGAUGAUCCUAAGGCACGUAGCGAUUCAAACCAAGAUUCUAGAGAUGCUAUAAUAUUUAGCGUUUACGAGAGGGCCAUUGCGGCCUUUGGUUUUCCGGCAGCUAUGGACUUAUGGUCUGCGUAUCUUUGCCGCUUCGAAGCGAUGUUGAGCAAUCGACAGCAAUGUCCCUGGCGUUUAGUGGAACGAGGACGUGAGCUCUACGAGCAAGCUGUUCGUGGUGCACCAGACUCAAAGACAGUUUGGAUCGCCUAUGCAAGCUUCGAAGAGCGCUUUGGACAGCCCCGGGCCUCACUUUCUGUGCUAAGGAGAGGUAUUACCGCAGUGGCGGCCUCCGCCACCGCUCCUAAAGAUGAUCUUGUUGAUCUCUGGAUGGUACUACUUGCCAAGACACAGCAUUAUUCUGGGCUUUUAGCCUCGAGAGAUGUUUACGAAGAAGCAAUUCGAUCGUCUUCUUCUCCACUUCCUGACUCUGCAGUUCGUAAUUUAUGUCUUGGAUACGCAGCACUGGAGGCCUCACUGGGUGAAGUUGAGCGUGCAAGAUCAAUCUAUGCCUACGGCUCUAGGCUGGCAGAUAGCCGCACCUGCGGCUCUUAUUGGGAAGCCUGGGAGACUUUUGAACGUGCACACGGAUCCCAGGAUACCUUUCGCGAGCUUCUGCGUGUCAAGAGGGCCGUCCAGGCCCAGUUUUCGAUUGCCGAUGUCCAAUUUGUGCCAGCAGCCGGGGAGAGCAGUAUACCACCCCCUGGACAAGAGCAUCCUUUUGCACAGCUUUCAGAUCACCGUUGA